AUGAGCACUAUCUUAGCCGCUUGCUAUCUCUUCGGACUGGCAAGCGGCUUUGUGGCAGAUUUGUCUCUUCUUGCCUUCGCAGGCACUCCGGUUGGACAGGUAAUCAACUUCAAUGGGCUGGACAUAUACGUAUCCAAACCGAAGGAACAGUCAGGUAGCAAUGGCAUGCCCGCUCAAAGCAAACCAACGGUUGGCAUCGUCCACUUGACAGACGUGUUCGGAAUUCAGUCAACGGAGAACAAACUUCUCACAGACAGUUUCGCGCGCGCUGGCUACGUCACAAUCAUGCCCGAUCUCUUUAAUGGAAAGCCACGAUCCGAGGAUCCAAAGUCCGGCUUCAACGCGACCGAGUUCUUCGGGUCGCACGGACCGAGCGUCACUGAUCCUAUCGUCACGACGGCACUCUCAUACAUGCGCGACCAGAUGGGUGAUGAUGAGAUCAAAGCAGUAUCAGGCCCCGCUAGCUUGGCCAUCGCUGAAAAGGACACGGGUAUGAAAAUACAAAGAAGGAUUGAGAUUGAAAUGGCUAUGGCACGCACUGGUCAGCCAUGGACUAUGAACUUGUAUGGGGGUGUUCCGCAUGGAUUUGCAACCCAUCCCAAUCUUGAUGUACCUGUUGAAAAGGCUGGCAAGGAGGAUGCGUUUCUACAAGCAGUUCGGUUCUUUGAAUCCUGGGUUUGA